UUCCACUGAAUUUUCUAAAGAGGAAAAACGGAUUAAUUUGUUAUUGCAAAAAAAGUAUGGAAGUUGUCAAUAGUUUUGACGUCGAUACUGGAGUGUAUCCCCCACCAUUUGUGGAGAUUGGAGUGUGUUGGUAUGCGCCGAAGUGUUUGGUUUUGGCGCUGGCAAUGAAGAGCGACAGCGUCGGGGCGCCCGGCGUCGUCGACGGAUUACUCGUUGUGGACAGUGCACCAGAGAAUGCCGCCGUGAACGGAUGCACCCUGGGGACAUAUCGUCAGCACAUUCACACGUGUUGAAUCCACAUUCUAGGUGAUUAGAGAUAAAUACGCGAUCAUAUCCGGACCCGUACCGAACUUUUCCCCUACUCACGGGGCAAUUUUAUCGCAGCUUUUUCGGUGAAUUUUCCUCUGGGGGAAAAGCCCGGGUGGAGCUGCGACGAGACGCCGAGUCGUCGGGGUAAAUGAUACUGUGAUCAAAUCCCUGCGUGUAUGCUAGGUGGAGUGCGCUAUGAGUACAGGCGGAAAAACAAUCACAGAGAAAAGAUGACACCACGCAGACACGUCCUGGCUGGAAUUCGCAGGACGCUACUUGCAGCUGCAGUACUUGCCAUCAUCAUUCUCGCAUUGUCGAGUCAGGACAGCAGUAAUAACACAGUGCAGUCACCAUUGGAAAAGGAAACAUCGCAGAAUGCGGAGGAGAGGCAAUUUGAGUUGAGUAGUUCAGCGGAGACUGAGCUGAGAUUGAGAGAGCGAAGGAGAUUAUUAACGGAAAGAUGUUCGGAAGCUGGUCUAGAUCGUCCUGGAAAUGAUUCACUGCACAAGCCAAAUGCCUGGGAAUUUUUUGUCAACCGUGACUACCACCUCAUCUGGUGCAACGUAUUCAAAGCCGCUUCCACCUCGUGGAUAUACAACUUCAAUAGACUGGCCGGGUACAGUCCGCAGUUCUUAAAAGCCUCGAAGGCCGUUCCAGUGUCACUGGCUAGACAGAGAUAUCCCAGGCCAACGGCCGAAGAGCUUGCCAGGUAUCUCAACGACUCGGUGAGCUUUCUCAUUGUGAGACAUCCAUUUGAACGACUACUCAGUGCCUAUCGUGACAAACUCGAGCAGAGUCUACCCAACACACUUCACAGCAAGCUUGGAGUGAGGAUAAUUAACCAGUACAGACCCAAAAAUCCUAAGAACACAAUGCGACAGGGGCCUCGGUAUCCACUCUUUGAGGAAUUUAUCAGGUGGUUACUUUGCGAGUGGCGUGCUGGUAAUGAACUGGAUAUGCACUGGACUCCAGUGUUGCAGUUCUGCACACCCUGUCAAGUUAGAUUUGAUGUAAUUGCCAAGUUUGAGACGCUUCAGGAAGAUCAAAAUUACCUCAUAAAACACGUCCAUCUGGAGCACAUGAUCCGCCCGGAGUGGAAGAACCCAGCCAAAGGUGCACAAACCAGGGAUGUCAUGAAAUCUUACUUCAUGCAAUUAUCCAGAAGUCAAAUAGCUGAUCUAUAUGACAUGUUCAAGUAUGACUUUGAACUCUUCGAUUAUUCACCGAAUGAGUAUCUGGCAAUCGGCAGAGAAGAGCCCACUACUUUCGAGUGCAAAAAUGCCAGGAUGAACUAAAACCUAGACGUUUCGACGGUGAGGAGAAUUAAGAGAGCGACCAAAUAAGAAUGAUUAUAAAUCGAUAUUUAGGUGUUAAUCAAUUUAAUGUCGAGCUAGCAGCUAAUUAACGUAA